CAGUUCACUUCCCAUUCGUUCUCUCUUUCUCUCACGGGAAAAAGAAAGAAAAACAUAAAAAAGUAAGAUUGAAAUCUUAGAAAAGACUCGUGAGGAUCAGCCAUGGAUGAAGAGUACGAUGUGAUAGUCCUAGGGACCGGCCUUAAGGAAUGCAUUCUCAGCGGUCUUCUCUCCGUUGAUGGACUCAAAGUGUUGCACAUGGACAGAAACGACUACUACGGUGGAGAGUCGACUUCACUUAAUCUUAUGCAGCUUUGGAAACGUUUCAGGGGAGAUGAUAAGCCUCCAGAACAGCUGGGCGCAAGCAGGGAAUUUAAUGUUGACAUGAUUCCCAAGUUCAUGAUGGCCAAUGGUGGUCUGGUCCGUAUUCUCAUCCAUACAGAUGUUACCAAGUAUCUUAACUUCAAGGCUGUGGAUGGUAGUUUUGUGUACAACAAGGGAAAAAUCUACAAAGUUCCAGCAACUGAUGUUGAAGCACUGAAAUCACCAUUGAUGGGACUGUUUGAGAAGCGCCGUGCUAGAAAGUUCUUCAUUUAUGUCCAAGACUAUGAAGACAAUGAUCCAAAAUCUCAUGAAGGACUUGACCUGAAUAAAGUAACAGCGAGAGAACUUAUCUCAAAGUAUGGGCUGGAAGAUGAUACAAUUGACUUUAUUGGUCAUGCCUUGGCACUCCACAUUGAUGAUAGUUACUUGGAUCAGCCAGCUUUGGAUUUUGUUAAGAGAAUGAAGCUCUAUGCAGAAUCUUUGGCACGGUUUCAAGGAGGAUCUCCUUAUAUAUAUCCAUUGUAUGGUCUAGGAGAAUUGCCACAGGCAUUUGCUCGAUUAAGUGCAGUUUAUGGUGGUACGUACAUGCUCAACAAGCCAGAAUGUAAGGUAGAGUUUGAUGGUGAUGGGAAAGCUAUUGGUGUGACUUCUGAAGGAGAGACUGCUAAGUGCAAGAAAGUUGUUUGUGAUCCAUCUUAUUUGCCUGAUAAGGUUCAGAAGGUUGGAAAAGUUGCCCGUGCUAUAUGCAUAAUGAGCCAUCCUAUUCCUGAUACCAAUGAUUCCCACUCAGCCCAGGUUAUUCUGCCUCAGAAGCAACUUGGUCGUAAAUCAGACAUGUACCUCUUUUGUUGUUCAUAUGCUCAUAAUGUAGCUCCCAAGGGAAAAUUCAUUGCUUUUGUUUCAACAGAAGCAGAGACAGACAACCCUGAGGUAGAGUUGAAGCCUGGCAUUGACCUACUGGGACCAGUAGAUGAAAUAUUCUAUGACACUUACGACAGAUAUGUCCCCACUAACAACCAUGGAGCCGACAACUGCUUCAUAUCUGCUAGUUAUGAUCCAACAACGCACUUUGAAACCACCGUGACUGAUGUGAUCGAGAUGUACAGCAAGAUUACUGGGAAGGCUCUUGAUUUAUCUGUGGACCUCAGCGCUGCCAGUGCGGCUGAAGAAUAAAUUUUGUUUCAAACCUGUUGCUCUCAUCAGCAGAGGACUUAACUUUCCUUUCUUUAUGUCUGAUCAGAUGUUUUAGAUGAAGAACUUGAACUACAUUUCCAUAUAAUUUUCUUUGUUCUAGCUGCUUUAACAUUUUCGUUAUUGACCUGAAUAAUGAUAGGUCCGCAAGAUAUGUCUAUAACAUUUUUCUUAUUGCAAAUCAUGAAAUUUCGCAUGCUUCUUCUCCA